AUGGACAAACCCAUCGCCGACCACUGCGAGGCGGCGCUCGACAAUGACGCCGACCUCAAGGCGAACCUUGUCGUGUCGGCAAAGGCGUUCAACGGCGAUGUCAAUCUGAUGCCCGACGACGGCACGUCCUACCUGAUCCCGGCGCCGAGUCAGGAUCCGCGGGACCCUCUCAACCUGCCGCUGUACCGAAAGCUGAUCCUCCUGGGCGUCGUCUCGCUCUUCAGCUCCAUUGGCCUCACCAUGGUGAGCGGUCUGGGCGGCAUCCUCGGCAUCUUUAUCCCCGAAUAUGUCUCGCAAGGCUACGGCGUUGCCGACAUUACCCAAUAUGACGACGACCUGGCUAACUCGCCAGACUUGAUGACCUACCCGACCUUGUUUAUGGGUCUGGGCAACCUCGUCGGCAUGCCCCUCGCCCUGGCCGUCGGCCGCCGCCCCGUCUAUCUCGUGUCGUGCAUCAUCAUGGUCGUCGCCGGCGUGCUGUGUGUCACCCAAAAGUCGUACGCCUGGCACCUGGGCGCCCGCAUGACCAUGGGCCUCGCGGCCGGGCAGAGCGAAGCCCUGUGUCCGCUCAUGGUCCAGGAAAUCACCUUCUUGCACGAGCGGUCGCGCUACCAGAUGGUCUUCUCGGCGCUCGGCAACAUCCUGACGACGGUGCUCGUGCUGCUCACGUCCUACAUUGCCGCCAGCAUCGGCGCGUCCGGCUGGUACGGCCUGCUGUCGGGCCUGGCGGGGCUGGUCCUGGUGCUCAGCGUGCUCUUUGUGCCCGAGACCAAGUACGAGCGGCCCCUGGCGGCGUACCAGGGCCAGACGACGCAGGUGGGCGCCUUUGCCGGCCAGACGGCGGUCCGCGACGAUGGCGACGUCGACGGCGACGGCGAAUACGUCGUCACGCGCCUCAAGACGACCGACGAGCGCGUCCUCGACACCGUGCGGUACGCGCCGCGCACGUGGGCCUCCGACCUGCGCAUCGUCGUGCACAGGCCCGACUGGCACGAGGGCUCCCGCACCGUGGCGCGCAUGCUGACCGUCAUGUUCUUCCCGGACAUGCUGUGGGGGUUUCUGCUCAACGGCCUGACGCUGGGCGUCAACGUCGCCAUCGGCACCACGUACGGCAGCAUCCUGGGCGCCGCGCCCUACAGCUGGCCCGCCGAGAACAUCUCGUUUGCCAACGCCGGCCAGAUUCUCGUGUCCCUCCUCAGCCUCGUCGUGCUGGGCUGGGGCUCCGACGCGCUGGUCCGCUUCUUCGCCCGCCGCAACGGCGGCGUCCACCAGCCCCAGUACCGCCUCGUGCCGCUCGUCUUCCCCGCCGUCGUCGGCACCCUGGCCUCCGUCCUCUACGGCCAGGCCGCCGCCCACCCCCAGCACAUCCACUGGUUCGCCAUCGUCUUUGCCCUCAACGCCUACUACUUUGCCUUUCUGGGCGCCAACCAGUCCGCCAUCGUCUACGCCCUCGACGCCUACCCGACGCGCUCCGGCCCCGCGCUCGUCGUCAUCUGCGCCUACCGCGGCAUCCUCAGCUUCGGCACGUCCUAUGCGGUGCAGCCCCUCAUCGACCUGCGCGGCUACGACGGCGCCUUCUUGGUCUACGGCGUGCUGACGGGUGUCCUCGCCGCUCUGGGCAUUCCCAUUUACUUUUUCAGCGCGCGCAUCCGGGCGUACUGCACAAAGUAUACUAUGUAG